AUGUCGCGUUGGCUCUCUGGCACCCUCAAUCGCAUAUUUCGCAAGUCACGACAGCAGUCGACGUUGAUAGCGAACGAAUGUCCACAAGAGCAGAAACCCUUUCCCGACGCUCAAUCAUUCCAACCGCGUCUGUUUGCGCUUGUCAUUGGAAUAAACAACUAUGCAGCGGUCAGCAAGCUUCGUGGUGCAGUGCUGGAUGCGGAUGCGGUGAAGGAUUAUCUUGAAAAAUACUUAAACGUCCCUGGAGAUCAGAUACGCAACCUUCGUGAUAAAGAAGCGACGCGGUCAGCUAUCAUCCAGGCGUUUCGCGAUAUCCGCAAUGACGCCCGCAUCAAGUCUGGAGACCCCAUUCUCAUCUAUUUUGCUGGACAUGGAUCCGAACUUCCGCCUCCGCCAGGCUGGGAAGCUGACGGUCUCGGGAGCAAGAUUCAAUUCAUUGUCCCUCAGGAUUACAGCCCUAGAGUAAAUGAGGUUCAAGGAAUACCGGACCGCACCGUUGGUGCGCUUAUUGAAGAGAUUGCUCGAGAGAAAGGAGAUAAUAUUACUGUGAUUUUUGACUGCUGUCAUUCGGCUUCCGGAACCAGAGAUGAUCGUGGAACAAUCCUGACGCGUGCUGUCGAGCUGGUGAACAACGUACCCCUAGACCUCGAUCGGGUCAUCUGGGGAAGUACGGGCCAGCGAGGGGCGAAAAUAGCUGCCGGUUUCGCUCAUGUUGGCCUUCGGUCGCACGUCCUGUUAAGUGCUUGCAGCAAAAACGAACGCGCCACAGAGGAACGUGGCAGAGGUAGAUUCACCAAAGCGCUCUUGCUCUUCCUGGAGGGUGUUGGAGCAGACAAAGUAACGUAUACUGAUGUCUUGAACAAGAUGGAAAAGAUUGGAGGCCAAAAUCCUCAGUGUGAGGGACACCAUCAGAAUCGGAUCAUGUUCAAUGCAAAAGUCCCAACAAGAGGGCAUGCACAUUUUCCCGUAUAUGCACAAGAAAAUCAGUAUAGAAUUGAAGCUGGUUCGGCGCAUGGAGUUUCCGAGGGCGCCGAGUUUACAAUAUACAGAGACAAGGAGCUGACCAAACCUCUCAUAGUUUUAGUUGCGGACACUGAAGCGAAGAUAUUGCCCUACCAGUCCAUAUUAACUCCCAAGGAUGGGAAGUUUCUUAGCCUGCCGGAAUUCUCUGUCGCGCUGCAGACGAAGAUCGGAGAAGAAGGACUUGUUUUGUACGUCCCUGACUCGAGCCUCCGCCAAGUUUUGGAUCGCGUGCUUGAGCAGAUGCAGGCCAUCGGCCCUGACCUCCCGAAGGUCUCUCUCGUCAGUAUACCUCAAGUCAGUGACAACGCGAAGCUGGAAGUCACAAGAGAAGAUGGUUUCAUCAUCUUUAAGAUCUUAGAUCCACUUGUAGCAUCGUGCGGCCUGACCCGAAUUCCCUUCAAGAUUACCCCUGUCGUUGAAGACAUCUAUCCCAUUUUUCGCGCAGCAGCUCAUUAUUACUGGCAUCUGAAUCGUUCGCACGACAAAGACCUGAUUCGGAGCGGAGCUGAUAUCAAAGUCGACUUCUAUCCACUAGAAGAGUCGGAUAGUGAUUUUGAUGAAGAUCUUCAACCUACGCUUUAUCCGAUUGGGCCGAGUCUCUGCCAAAAUGGCAUUAUUGACUUUGUGGUUGACGAAGAUGCGAGGCAUGGCGUGAAGAUAACGAAUAACACGUCGAUGGAUUUGUAUCCUAAUGUGUUCUUCUUUGAUAACAGCGAUCUUAGCAUCCAGUCAUACUAUACUCCUUCAACGGCGGGACAAUACCAGCUGGAUUCGCCGCUGACUAAAGAUGGCGGAAUCCUCACGAUAGGUUAUGGAACGAGCGGGGUACCUGCUAUUUCGUACUUCUUACGACCGGAGCAGGACAUAGACGUUGGGCUUAUCAAGAUAUUCCUCACGACGCGCCCAGUCGACAUGUCGAUGAUUCCGCAGACAUCACCCUUCCUGGCGGGGCGCGACACCCCCAGUCCAUCAGGCCAGCGUGUUGACGUGGAUGCCUGGGGGGCAAUUCUGAUUCCUGUCAUACAGCGACGAAAGUGA